AUGGAAUUUUUAAACCAGCCGACGUUGAACGCCGCAAUGUGUGCGACGAUGGACGAUAUUCUAAUAGUGACGACGAAACAAAGUGAACUUGGCAUUUUAUGGGUCAACUAUUUGAAAGCAUGUUUUGAUAAGAUUACAAAACAACGCGGCCGAAUGUCUUUUAAUUUUCUUCAUAUUAAAAUCGACGAUGAUAAGCUUGAUAGCGACCUCAUUCAACGAUGUCAAACGACAAAGCUACAAAUUGUCAUCAUUUGUCCGCUGUUAAUUAAUCUCGACCAUGUUUAUGUCAAAAAGAAGCUGUCACAUAUAAUUAAAGCAGAUCGUACUAUUGGACUUCUCUUAGACGUCAAGGAAGUUCAAUUGAUGGACAUUCAUCGUGAAAUGCUUCCAUCAUAUAACAAAUGGCGUAAGUGUGUGGUUCGCGAUCAAGAUCAAUCUUUUGUGAGUGGUCUUUUGGGCAUCGCACAAGACAUUCUCGGCAGAGCUUUACGUCAACGUCCAAUGGCAAAUGAAGUUUCAUCAUUUAAUUAUGCUAAACAUGGCCCAUCAUCAACAGCAGUUGCUGGUAAGAAUCACGAUAACUUCACAGUGAUUCCAAGAAAGAUGAGAAUUGGUCAGACAAAGGCAACAGUAAUGAUGACUGAACCAAUUCUUAAGGACGAUUAUAUCAAGAUAAGAAUAGAAAAAAUUGGCCAUACAAUCGAAGUUAAUAACAUCAAGAGACGAAAUCCUUACACAAUUCACUUUAAUGUCCCCGAUUCAUGUAUGGAAAUUUCAAUGAUGAUCGGUGUUCGUGUGUUCAAGAACAACGUUGAUCUCGGCGUGCGACCCAUAAAAUGCGAAAGUCGAUUGCGUGAACUUGAACAGAUUCUUAAAAAUGUUGACGCUCCAAUGGAAUUCAUGUGUCAAGCACUUGGAAUAUCUACAGCUGAUCAUGAGAAAUUAGAUCUUCAUAUGGUGCAAUUAUUUCAGAAGAAUAUUCCACCAGAUUUCCAUCUUCUCGCUACUCAAUUUGAGUCCUCAAAUGGUAUGAGAUUGCACAAGGAAGCGAGCCCGGAAGAAUAUCCAACAUUAAUGCACUUUGCAGCAAGAUGGGGAUUGGAACGUCUUGGAUUACUUCUUCUCGAAUGUCCCGGUGCUGAAAUGGCAUGCGAGAUUAAAAAUGUUUCUGGGAAGACACCAGCAGACAUCGCUGAACUGCACGAUCAUCUUAAAUUAGCAAGCAGUUUCAAAAACUUUUCGAAAAUGAAUGAAUUCACUACGAUGUAUCAUUAUUUCAAAGAGUUCUCGAAAACAUCGCCAGAAAAAGCUGUCAUUGAUUUGAAAGGCGAUCAACUUCCACCGACAGAAGAAUUCACAAACGAUUCUUAUCCACCACAUUAUCUUGAGAUGAAGAGUAGCAAUGGAAGUGACAAUAACAAUAAUGAGAUUAGUGACAUUGGAAGUGCAGUUACUAAUAUUAACUAUUUAAACAUUGACAAUGAUCUCUCAGAUGUGGAAACUUUUGACACUGUUGAUUGUGCUGGGCCGAUGAUUGAAAUGCAAAUCAUGAAGAAACGAGAUUCAAAGGAUUUGCUCAACAAUCUCAACGACAUGAAGAUAAAGGAAGAAGAUGAAAAGGAAAUAACAAACGAACUUAAGAUAACAGAAGAUAAUUAUUACGAUUCGAAUUCUCAAAACAAAGUCGCACAAGCUGCUGAUGACUUUAGUAACGAAUGUUCUGAUGUGCUUGAAAAUACUUCACAAACUGAAACUUCUUCACUUUCACCAUCGACUGUUUCUGUUCCAUCAUCAUCUAGUGAUAAUCAGCUGUCAUUGCAGUCAAGCGAUUAUCUCAUUCAACCAUCGAAUCGUCCCGUCACAAAUGCAUUCGGUGACUAUAUGACGCAUCCAUCAAACAAACCACUUGAGUCAGUUGUUGACUCAAUUACUCAUGACUACAUGAAUCAAACUGCAACAUGCAACAAUCUUCAAACAAAACGUGAAGCUUCACAUCUUCGCCUUUAUUUUAAGAAAAAAUCUGAUUCCAUUAGUGAAGAUGCACAUGGUUACACGAAAAUUCAUGAGCUUGCAUCUCCUACAAAGUCAAUUAAGUCGACGAGUACUUUGAAAAGCUUGAAACGCACUGGAAGUGACGCUUCGAAGAAAAGUGUUGACGAUGAACUCGUAGAAAUUAUUAAUGACUUUAAAAAUAAAGUUUUCACCAUUCAAGAAGUUGAAGAGCUUGUGUCGUCUUGGAAAAAUAGAAAUGACGUAAAGAAAAGUUUUAAAGAAAAGCAAGAACAAUUGCAGAACAUGCGUGAAGAAUACGAAAGAAUUCAGCAAAUGAUCAAAGAUAAUCUCAAACGUCCAUCGCCUUUCGAAAGAAUGAAAAGAAUUUUCACACGCAAGCAUGAUAAAGAUUGCUCAGAAAUUCUUCCAGUAAAUUUAACUGGAGAUCCCAAAUUCUCAAAUGGAUCAAGCUCAAAUCGUCCCAAUAGCACUCUUAGUUUGGCAUCAAGCAACUCAUCGGGACGAAUGAGCACAAAUAGUAGUUUGGGUGAUAGUGGAACGCAUUCAGAUCAUGAAGAUCGUCGUAAUCAUCAGCAUAGUCUUCGAGUAGGCCAGCCGGGAAGUCUGGUCAUGGAUAAUUAUCUCAUACCACCAGCACCACGUCCUAUUUCAACUCCUUCAUCUACUCCAACAAUUGAAGACAAGGCAAGUCUUCAAAGCUUUCCAACAACAAGUCAGAAUGGAACACCCAUCGAUAUUGAACAUUACAUUUUAUUUCCAUCAAAUGUCCCAAUUUUUCCUUCCCCACCUCCAAUGUCUACUUUUAAAGGCAAACAUUAAAGAUUAUUUUAAAUAGAAUUUAUUUAAUACUAUGUUCUUGUACUAGAUAGUUAUACUGAACAUGACAUGCAUGAGUUUUAGUCACUUAAAUUAAAUAUAUCUAAAGGAUUUAGAUUUGUAUGUUUUAUAAUAAAAUUGUAAUUUAAUUCAAUACAAAGCAAUAUCUGAAUAAAGUUUUUUGAAGAUUUCAAAG